GGAUCGAGGUGAAGCAAAAGCGCAGCCAAGUUUGCUUUUCCAACUUCCUUUUUAAACUGGCAUAUUUUUGUAACUCAUGAUGUCCAGGAAUUUAGGAAUGCGAGCUAAGGUGCUUAUAAAGCCGUUGGUGCUUUUCCAAAUUAUUGACUCCUACGAGCGCCGGCCAAAAGGUGACAAUCAGGUUAUUGGCACUUUGCUGGGUCGCAACAAGGAGGGCCACUUUGAGAUUACCAACUGUUUUACUGUGCCGCACAAGGAGCAUCCGGAGAUCAACCGCAUUGAUCUGGAUAUCGCUUAUGCCUCCGAGAUCCUAGAGCUAAACAUGCUGACCUAUCCGAACGAGCGCGUGCUGGGAUGGUUCUGUACUGGAAAAUCUGUGUCCCGCUCCGCGUCCCUGCUCCACGACUAUUAUGCCAGAGAAUGCGGCGAAGUACAGCCAUUGCACCUGGUAGUGGAUGCAACCCUGAAGAGCCAGCGACUUUCGACCCGACUGUACUGUGCUGUGGAGAUCGGAGUGCCCGGUGGCACCAAAGGACUGAUGUUCUCAUUAGUUCCACUGGAGAUUAGCAACGGAAAUUCCGACCUGGUGGCUCUGCGUUCCAUUGAGAAGCAAUCGCUGCAACAGGGAACCAAGCAACUGGAUCGCUUCAUUCCAGAGCUGGUGCAGGUAGUGGAUGCCACUAGGGACAUACAACAGCGUCUGGACUUGGUGCUGCGCUACAUCAAAGAUGUCUUGGACAGGAAGAGAAAACCGGACAACGUCGUCGGCAGAGCCCUUCAUGCCGCUCUCACCGCUGUACCGGUGAUGGACCCGGACAAAUUUCGCCUCAUGUUCAAUACCAACUUGCGGGAUAUGCUCAUGGCCAUCACGCUUUCCACAAUGAUAAAGACCCAGCUGGAGAUCAGUGAGAAACUGUCUUGCAUGCAGGAUCAGUGAUCAAUGAGGAAAAACUGACUUGAUAAAUCAGUAAUGGGAAUUACGGGGAAAUCCCGAACUCCACUUAUUCGUUUUCUUCAUGCGGCUUUUGGUAUAUACAACAUCUCACUUAAGAAAUUGUGCUUAAUUGUGCUUUAAU